UCGGAAGGGAACGAAAGCACACUCACGACUUGGAUCGACAAAGAUUGCAGCCAAUGAGAAUGGUAAAGCGGGUAAGCACCAACCAGUAAGACGGCUGAGGAAGUGGCGACACUGAGGCUCUGAUCGGAGAAACUCCAGGAGGACUAAGAGAACAAUUUCUUCUCUUGUUCGUUGAACAGGAAGCGAAGAUGUCGGAACGGAAAGUUUUAAACAAAUACUACCCACCUGACUUUGACCCAUCGAAGAUCCCGAAACUCAAGCUACCCAAGGACCGGCAGUACGUGGUGCGGCUGAUGGCCCCAUUCAACAUGAGGUGUAAGACAUGUGGAGAAUACAUCUACAAGGGGAAGAAGUUCAAUGCACGAAAGGAAACAGUCCAGAAUGAGGCAUACCUGGGCUUGCCAAUCUUCCGUUUCUAUAUCAAGUGCACACGCUGCUUGGCCGAGAUCACCUUCAAGACAGACCCAGAGAACACAGACUACACCAUGGAGCAUGGGGCCACGCGCAACUUCCAGGCUGAGAAGCUUCUGGAGGAGGAGGAAAAGCGCAUGCAGAAGGAGCGUGAGGACGAGGAGCUGAACAACCCCAUGAAGGUCCUAGAGAACCGUACAAAGGACUCUAAGCUGGAGAUGGAAGUGCUAGAGAACCUACAAGAGCUAAAAGACCUGAACCAGUGGCAGGCCCACGUGGACUUUGAGGCCAUGCUGCUGCAACACCGCCUAUCUCAGGAGCAGUGGCAACAGCAGCAGGAAGAGGAAGACGAGCGUGAGACAGUGGCCUUGCUGGAGGAGGCUCGUUAUCGAAGGCUUCUGGAUGACUCUGACUCAGAGGAUGAGGCUCCACCUUCCCGACCACAGGCAGCUGCAAGACCCAACCCCACAGCCAUCCUUGAUGAGGUACCAAAGACCAAGAGGAAGGCAGAGGGCCUGUGCAGGAAAGCCCAGUUGGCAGGCUUGGUUAUACCAAAGAAGGCAAAGACGGAAGCCAACCCGGGUUCAGAGCAGGUCCCGGUGCCCACCACUGGUGCCCCCGAGAGCAGGAAGGUGGCCAACCCUGCACCCCAGACACCUGGUGCCUCCUCCCUGAGCCAGCUCGGUGCAUAUGGGGACAGUGAGGACAGUGACAGCUGAGCAUCAGUGAUGCCCACCAUGGCAUCAUAGACCAAGAAAUGAAGAUGGUAUCAAGCAAACACCUUCAGCCAAGCCUCAGGACCAUUCUACCAUGGGUCCUGGCAGGGUGUGGAGAAGCAAUGUCCCCAGGCACCCCAGGACAGACAGCCUGGUCCACUCUUUCAGUCCUUGAGUUGUGUGAAGCCUGUUGACUGAUCCCUUCCUGCAGCAGAUCUGAACAUUGUCUGACAUAGGAUGGGGGCAGGGACCCUGGGCAGCAUCUGCCAACCAUACACAAGGCCUGGGGCUCCACCCACAUGCAACACAGUAGUACUGUAAAAAACAAGAAGAAUAGAAAAUCAGCUGAAGCUUUUGGACCUGAAGACAGUGGAGACAAAAUGAACAGGACUCCAAAGGACUUGUCCAGGAUUCCACAGUGACUCAGAAGCAAGCCCAAUGAAUCAAUGUCCUGACCAAUCUGUGGCCCACUGUGUGCCAGUUCACAACAUUCAGUGUCCAGUGUGGAGGAAAGUGACCCAUCCCAGUAAAUGCAGCACCCAAGAGCUGGACAUAGAAUCUGAGUACAAAGCCAUCCUUGGCUAUAAGGCUUUCAUGGCACAACCCAGGCCUGUCUAAAACUCGGAACACUUGUUUGCUACUUUCAAACAAUAACACCAAAGUCUGGUUGCAACAGGAACUUCACAAUCGAAAAAGCUUAAAAUGUAACCUAGGCCUUGGCUUGUCAACCUCAAUACAGCAAACUUUUGACAGGCCCUCACUGUGGAAUGACACUACAGACAUUUCACACCUAAUAUAAAGUUGGUGGGAGCAACACCACUGUACCCUAAGAGACUGGUUCUCCCUCAAAACUGUCACUGCUGAACAGGUAAGAGUGUUCACAGCAGGGUUGGGGGAGGGGGUCAAGCAAAUGUCACUCCACAGCCUGGAAAUCCUAAUCUUCCUUUAAUAAGAGUUAACCUCCUCCUAAGGUUUUCCUCAUUGUAUACUAAAAGCAAGUGUUCGUUACCUCAGUGAAAUCUGCCAGAACUAGCAUGUAUUUGCCACUGGAACAAACAAUGGGUUUUUCUUAAUUAAUAAAACAUUAACAUGAAAAUGUCAAAAAAUGAA